CAUAGCCUUGCACCCAGCUUUUGCGUUUUGCUGCCUGCAGCUACAGCUUCACAGAAUACUCAUGCUCUGUCUCCGCCAUCCAUCUUCUUUUUCCUUUUGUUCUGGUUUGCAAUCUCCUCGUUGACACUCCUAUGUUGUGUGCCUUUCGACUGUUGACCCUUUGCACCGACAAUGGCAUCGCCUGGUAGAGAUCAAGUCAGCGAGCAUCAUCGUAGCACAUGCCCCCGCCUGCGCGAAGUGCCUUCCUAUAAACAAGACCCAGCCGCAUUCGCACAAAGUCUAGUGGAGCAUUCUGGUUUUGAAGCCGUAGCGCGAAGUUUCAGUCCCCCACCAAGCUACUCAUCUCCCCCUCCAAGCUACUCAAGGUUGGCACAGUUACCCAGGUUGACAAUACCGGCCGAUAAUUCCUCUCAGGAUCGGUCUGCUGCUAGAACGGAAGCCCCGGCCACUCCAGGUUCGUAUUCAACUGAUGGCGUUACAAACUCGCCCUCGGAUGCGGUACAGUCACGAUCGCAAGAUUCACCGCUCUCCAAGAUCAGACUCAAGAUCCGGAAACACAGCACUGGUUUUAGAGAUCGGUUGCGACGACCAGGCUUCAAUUCGCGCAAUUCCAGCAGCACAAUAAGCCCUUGCGACCUUUCUCCCUAUGUAUUUUCCGAUAUAGCCACCACACCGGACUCACCAAUGUCCGCAGCAGAGCUUGACGCUAUACCAGAGCUUGACAGCCAUACUAUACAGCCUCGAGAUCCAUGCUUAAAUGAGAAUCUCGAAUCACACCAUCUUUUAUCGGAUUCGGACCAUGGGCUGCAGCGUGAAGUUCUUACGACAGAACCAGCAAGUAUUAUCCCCACUCCUCCAUCGGUGCUGCCUACCACUUCUCCAUCCUCAAAUCAGAAACCUUCCUCAAGCGUAAACGCUGCAGAUCUCUCCGGUCGGCUACAGUCACUGCACAGAGACUAUGGACAGCAACGACAUGAUCUUGACAGUACUCUUUCUCCUUGCAGUCUUGUCUCCAGCCAGAACUCAGGCCACUUCGUCUGGAAGACCAACCUGUCAAGAUCAAAUGCAAUCAAGGAUGGCAUACCUCGCUCCCAGUGUCCUGAACCACCAUCGAGGGAAGAGGUACCAAAUGUCCUGCCAGAAUCACGAAGACUGGAUGGAAGGCUUGAAGGAUUGCCUCGACUUGUCGUACCAAAUAACGGAACGCUACCAAAUAUCCCAGCCAUGGGAGAUGUGCAGAGCAGAAUAGAGCAGGGAGAUUAUGGAAAGGAGCUAGUCGCCUCUACAGAUUCGGCUGCUGGGGUCUCGGAACAAUUAUGCCGAUCACUGCGAUGGAAUUCCUCACGGAGCAUGUCAAGCAGAGCACAAGUGCCCAUCUCACAGGCUAUUGAUGCAGCAGAUGCACCUGAAGUCGUCGACAAUGAAGGAUCGAUGUAUCCCCUCUCAACGUUGAAAGCUGCAGCUUGGCAACGAUCUUAUUCUGCCAACAAAUCAUAUCAAAUAUCUAGUCCUCAAACUUCCUUUGUUGGCUCAUUGUGCGAUGUCAUGGUGUACGCCGUCACGAAAGGAACAGAUUUUCUGAAAACCCGUUACGGACCCGAACCCCCUGUGGAGGAAAGUCAUGUUCGAGUGCGAUGGCGAUGUAGUUGCGGUGAGGAUUUAUAUGACGACUACAUCGAGAAUCGUCCUGGAGCGGCGGCUGAACUGGAGGCAUAUCUUAAUAAGGCAACCGAUCAUGCUGGCUUCAGGAUAGUGAACAGUCAGCCAUCGAGUGCAGCUGAUUCGGUCUUCUCACCCGGUACAGGACUUAGUCCACAAAGUUCGGCGUCGAGCUGGUCUUCCCCAAGUGUCUCAUCACCAGCUUGCCCUUCUCCGUAUGAACAACGUUGGACGGAAAUGUCAAGGGGAAACGCACUUAAUUCGACCCACAAAUCUUAUCACUCAAACCUCAGCACCUAUGUAAACCCUCUUUGGCUAUACGCUUGCAUGAACGAAGGCAAAUGGUGCACAAAGAUGAGGCACUUGGACGUGAAUUUCGCAAGGAUAGGUUCAGAUAAGGAUCUUGCUCUCGCGCUGAGCAACCUUUACACGCAGGUCAACAAGAAGUGGACCAAGAUCUUGAAGCUGAGAGGUCUCACUAGCAUCCGAUUCGUGCAGUUCGAACUGCACCGAAACCGCAUCGCCGACAUAUCUCGCUCACCAGCGCUCCCGGAUCCAUUCAGCGCCGAAGGUUUCUCCUAUGAGUUCGAGCCACAUGAUUUAAACCCACCAGUAGGAUCAAAUUAUCUGAUGCACCUCUUCAAACACCCCGAGGACUACGACAACGAACUUAUCACGUACUCGCGAACGCCAAAGAGACGAGACAGGCUCGAGUUGGGGACUGGCUGGGGUCUUGAGCUGGUAGAAGAUUUCUUGGCUGAACGAGUAUGGGGAGCGCUUUUAGCGAUGCUCAUGUUGGGAAGCAUUAUCUUCACAAUCACAUGGGCGUACAAAAAGGGUGAUGAUAUUCGGGGUGCUUUUGGAGUGGCUUGUUACACGGUGACAGCAGCUAGCCUUUUGCUUGCUUGGGCCCAGGCAGCGUUUGAUUAGGAUACCCCCCAGCUUCAAAAUAAAG